UCAUCAGGUAAUUUCGAAAUAAGAAUCCUAGAAUACAGAUAGACGAUGCGGCACAGCGGAUUAAAUUGGAAACCCGUCAUCUCUCCAGCAAUGAAAAGUUAAGAAUGAAUUGACUAGGGGAAGCCAAUCGGAAAGGAUGGAACACAAGGACGCUCUCCGCGGACACCGAUCCGGCCUCGGUUCGGAUUCGAAGAUAUGGGAUUUCCUGAAGAAGUUAAUAUUGUUAAUAGGUUUUGAACGAUUGGAACAUUCAAAUAAGUAGCUGCUAAGAACCUAAGAAUCUAUUUCAAUUGGUUCUAGGAACACCUUGGUGUUUCUCUAGCUGUCUUACUGUCCAGUCCAGAGCUACCGACAUAGCUAGGUACCUAAGACAUCGACAACCCCAUACAUCUCCACCUUUUAAGCAUCCCAUACGAUGGCGACCUCUAAGGAUUCUUCGCUCUUAAAUAUACUCGACGACCGGUUGCACAUACCUGUGGAAAAUGGAAUAUCGCAUUCGCAUCCCCGAAGGAAACCGAGUCACGAUAUCACUCGCGCGUCUAAGCGAACUCAUAAGAAAAUAUUUUCUAAACGCAAGAGAAAUAGAUCUCUUCUACGACGUACAUGGACUUUGCCGUUUGGCCUUGUACUCAUAGUCCUCCUCUUAUACAUGAUUAGCCCAACCGAGUCCAAUAUCUUCCACCAUUUUCUCUUCCUUUCAUAUAGGUUAGAGGAUGAUGUGAGCACCAUGCAAUAUGGCAAAGGUCCCUGGGACUUCGCUUUUGUAUGCUUCUACACGGUUGUCUUAACCUUUGCGCGCGAGUUUCUUAUGCAAGAGAUAUUGCGCCCUCUUGCCCGUUUUUGUGGUAUCAAAUCACGAAGCAAGCAGUCCCGUUUCCUAGAGCAGAUGUACGUGGUUGUCUACGUUGCUUUCAUGGGACCCUUUGGGCUGUACUGUAUGAAACAGACACCGGUAUGGUACUUCAACACUCGGGGCAUGUACGAGUUCUUUCCGCACAGGACGCAUGACGCGGAAUUGAAGUUCUACUACCUAUUCCAGGCUGCUUUUUGGUCGCAACAAGCCCUAGUCAUGUUGCUAGGUAUGGAGGAGAAGCGUAAAGACUAUCAGGAACUUGUGGCGCAUCACUUCGUGACCAUAGCUCUUAUUGGCCUCAGCUAUCGGUUUCAUUUUACGUAUAUGGGUAUCGCCGUCUACAUUAGUCAUGACAUUAGUGACUUCUUCCUCGCUAUGUCAAAGUCAUUAAACUACAUUGGUAGCCCCUUACAAGGCCCAUCAUUCGGGUUUUGCAUAGUUAUGUGGACUUACCUUCGCCAUUAUAUAAAUCUACGCAUCCUCUACUCCAUUCUUACCGAGUUCAGCACCGUUGGGCCGUACGGAAUAGAUUGGGAAACGCAGCAGUACAAAGGCUUAAUUUCCCAGACCAUCACGUUCGUGCUACUAGCAGCGCUUCAGCUCCUCAACCUGUUUUGGCUUUACUGCUUGUUACGGAACGCCUACCGCUUCAUCUUUCUGGGUAUCGCGAAAGACGAUCGGUCUGAGGAUGAAGAGCCAGAACAUGACACCAAGGAACCUCGGAUAGAGAAUAAUGAUAAAAUAGGCGAGAUGUCCUCGUCGAAGAGUACUGAGACUCAUGGGUUAGCUGUGAAAAGGAGGGGCACUGCAAAGAAGCACUCUGCUUUAUGACCGUCACUAAUUUUAUCCGUAAUGUCGACUUUACGUGAGAGCCUUAAUAACCUUUGACACCUGUCCUUUUAGUAAUAUUAAUACAGAAC